UGUAACAGCUGAUAUUUAUUUACAUCUGUCCGCCUUUCCGAUUGUGCCUUCAAAUAUAAAAUAACAUAUUACUUAAACAACUUUGCAAAAUGGACCAUAAAAGUUGCUCAAAAGAUUUUGCAAACUUGUGUGAAGUUGAUUUACAGAGUAAGCUUCAACCCAUCACAACCUCAAUUGAUGACAUGUUAGCUAGAUUAGAAGAAGUCCAAACAAUAGUCUCUUUUGCAAAGCAAGAGGCCACAGGAGUUUCCAUCAGUGUAAUAACUGAUCUAAAACAUGAUGUAGAUGAUUUAUGCAACAGGAUUGAUGUUAUUGAAAAUUUAAUUGUGCAUAUUACAAAUAACAUUGAUAUGUUGGAGUCUACUGUUAACAAACAUGAGAAUGAACUGAAUCAACCCAAUAAUAAAGUUACAAGUAUCUUUACUCCUCUGUUUAAAAGGACUGAGAAGAAGGCAGUUAAUAAUUGCAAGCUCUUUGAAACAAGUGAAUACUUUAAGUAGUUGCAUAUGAUCUACAAUAAUAUAUUGUAAAUAAAAUUUUGUUUAUACAA